AUGGCAUCAUCAUCAUACGGUAUACCCCAAAGCAUGAGAAUCACAGUCCCAGAGAAUUCACGUGUCGUAGAUGUCCGUGUUGUCGUCCACAAAACCUCUUCCAUUGUCAACGAUAGGCAUGUCAACCACUGGUGCAUUUAUUUCCACACAGAAGAAGGUUACAUUGUCAAGGUCAACAUGAGAGAGAAAAACCAAACCGAAUGGUCUUACGUUCCAUUCCGAAAUGCAACCUACGGAUGGCCUGGAAUUUUGGAUAUCUCUGCGUAUCAGUCACAUACUAUCACACCAUCCAUGAUCAAAGCGUGGGAUCUUCAUACCCUCUGCCAACCCCGAGUGAAGGAUCUGAUCAGAGUCUUGCGCCGAAAUAAUCGCGAAUACUACACUAUGGCCAAGUGUGGAUCUGGGUGCCGAUUUUGGGUGUAUACCGCUAUCAGUGAUUGGGAAGGUGCUGGCUACCUCAACGCCGGCACAAUCCAAUACAUUCGGGAACGUCUGAUGUUCUGGUACGAUCAUCGACAAGAUCUGGUACGUACCGUGAUCAAAGAGCCUCUCGACACAAUGCCUGAAGGAAAGUUCUGGACUCCGGAAGAGUGGACUCAAGAGAUGCGCCUCUACGACCCAUUUCAUCCAUCCGCCGACAUUUGGCACGAUUACAGUAGGUAG